AGUGUGCGCAGUUUGUCAGCAGUGAAGCUUUCCGUUUUGGUAAGCCCUUCAUCUGAGGAAAAGGCAUGCUUAACUAGCAAGUUGAAUUUUAAGAUGUUUGACUCAGAAGAUGAUAGUGAAGAUGAGGAGAAGGUUCAUGAAGGCUCAUUAAGUAAAACGCAAGGGGUUUCCCAUGGCAAGGCCCCUCCAGGCAUCUUGUCUCAAACCAUGAAUUAUGUGGGACAGCUGGCUGGGCAGGUGCUUGUCACUGUGAAGGAGCUCUACAAGGGCAUCAACCAAGCCACACUGUCAGGCUGCAUCGAUGUUGUCGUGGUCCGGCAGCAGGAUGGCACCUACCAGUGCUCACCUUUUCAUGUUCGCUUUGGGAAGCUGGGGGUCCUGCGAUCCAAAGAGAAAGUGAUUGAUAUAGAAAUCAAUGGCAAUGCAGUGGAUCUUCAUAUGAAAUUGGGUGACAAUGGAGAAGCAUUCUUUGUGGAGGAGACUGAAGAGGAAUAUGAAAAGCUUCCUGCUUACCUUGCCACCUCACCAAUUCCUACUGAAGAUCAGUUUUUUAAAGAUAUUGACACCCGUUUGGUGAAGUCAGAUGAAAGAACAUCUCAGAGUUCAGACAUCUCACACAUCUUGGAAUCAGAGAAGGUUUUUACUCCAAGCUCUGUGAAAAAGAAAAAACGAAGGAGAAAGAAAUGCAAGCAGGACAGUAAGAAGGAAGAGCCGGCUGUCUGUGCAGCUGCAGAAGACGUUGGGGAGGUGGGCGUGAGCUCUGAUGACGACAAGGGAGCGCAGACAGCAAGAGGGUCUUCAACUGCUUCCUUAAAGGAAGAAGAAUAUAAAGAAUCUUUGCUCUUCCAUUCUGGGGAUCACUACCCCUUAUCUGAUGGAGAUUGGUCCCCUUUAGAGAACACCUAUUCCCAGGCAGUGUGUCCUAAGAGUGACUCCGAGCUGGAGGUGAAGCCUGCUGAGAGCCUGCUCAGAUCCGAGUCCCAUAUGGAGUGGACGUGGGGCGGGUUCCCGGAGUCCACCAAGGUCAGCAAGAGGGAGAGAUCAGAUCACCAUCCUAGGACAGCUACCAUUACACCAUCAGAAAAUACCCAUUUUCGGGUAAUUCCCAGUGAGGAAAACCUCAUAAGUGAAGUCGAGAAGGAUGCUUCCAUUGAAGAUACCGUGUGCACCAUAGUGAAACCCAAACCUAGAGCCUUGUGUAUGCAGAUGGGUGAUGCAGCCUCAGCGGCCGAACUUCUCGAACCUCUUCUACAGAGUCCUCAGAUUUCAUCUAUGUUAGAUGCGGACCACCUUCCCAACCCGUGCUCAGCGGAGGCUCCCUCAGAAUCCAAACCAGCUGCGAAAGUGGACUCGCCAUCAAAGAAGAAAGGUGUCCACAAGAGGAGCCAGCACCAGGGCCCUGAUGAUAUUUACCUUGAUGACUUGAAGGCUCUAGAACCUGAGGUUGCAGCUCUGUAUUUCCCUAAAAGUGACUCGGACCCUGGCUCCAGGCAGUGGCCUGAGUCGGACACGCUCUCGGGAUCCCAGUCCCCACAGUCUGUGGGAAGUGCAGCUGCUGAUAGCGGUACUGAGUGCCUCUCAGAUUCGGCUAUGGACCUACCUGACGUCACCCUCUCGCUUUGUGGAGGCCUCAGUGAGAAUGGAGAGAUUUCCAAAGAAAAGUUCAUGGAGCAUAUCAUUACUUACCAUGAAUUUGCAGAAAACCCUGGACUUAUAGACAAUCCUAACCUUGUAAUACGGAUAUAUAACCGUUACUAUAACUGGGCUUUGGCUGCACCCAUGAUCCUUAGCUUGCAAGUGUUCCAGAAGAGUCUACCUAAGGCCACAGUUGAGUCCUGGGUUAAAGACAAGAUGCCAAAAAAAUCUGGUCGCUGGUGGUUUUGGCGUAAGAGAGAAAGCAUGACCAAACAGCUGCCAGAAACCAAGGAGGGAAAGUCUGAGGCACUGCCGACUAGUGACAUGCCAUCAAGCACAAAGGAGCCAGCUGGUGCCAGGUCGGCUGAGGAUGACUCAUCAAGUGACGAAGGGUCACAGGAACUCGAGGAGUCCAUCAAAGUAGAGCCUCUGCCCGCGGAGUCCGUGGGCCACAGCAGCACAACUUCCUACAAGAAGUCUCUUCGCCUCUCCUCCGACCAGAUUGCAAAACUGAAUCUCCACAACGGCCCAAAUGAUGUUGUGUUCAGUAUCACCACCCAGUAUCAAGGCACCUGCCGCUGUGCCGGUACCAUUUACCUGUGGAACUGGAAUGAUAAGAUCGUCAUUUCUGAUAUCGACGGAACAAUAACCAAGUCUGAUGCUCUGGGACAGAUCCUUCCACAGCUGGGAAAAGAUUGGACUCACCAGGGCAUAGCGAAGCUCUACCAUGCCAUCAACGAGAACGGCUACAAGUUUCUGUAUUGCUCUGCGCGUGCUAUUGGCAUGGCCGACAUGACGCGUGGCUACCUGCACUGGGUCAACGACCAGGGCACCAUCUUGCCCCGUGGGCCCCUGAUGCUGUCGCCUAGCAGCUUGUUCUCCGCCUUCCACAGGGAAGUAAUCGAAAAGAAACCAGAGAAGUUCAAAAUUGAGUGUCUGAAUGACAUCAAGAAUCUCUUUGCUCCAUCCAAGCAGCCCUUCUAUGCUGCCUUUGGGAACCGUCCAAAUGAUGUCUAUGCAUACACACAAGUUGGAGUUCCAGACUGUAGGAUAUUCACCGUGAACCCCAAGGGUGAAUUAAUACAAGAGAGGACCAAAGGAAACAAGUCAUCAUAUCACAGGCUGAGUGAACUUGUGGAGCACGUGUUCCCACUCCUCGAUAAGGAACAGAAUUCUGCCUUUCCCUGCCCAGAGUUCAGCUCCUUCUGCUACUGGCGAGACCCCAUCCCUGCAGUGGACCUGGAUGACCUGGCCUGAGGCCGCAUCUCUGAUGGUGAAGGGACUGCAGUCGUUCACCUCACACCACAGGAAGGUGGUCAGCACGUGCUUUCCUGAGCAGAGACAGGUCUCCUGGGCAGGCACUGCUGCCCUCCUUCGCCUUCCCAGGUCCUGAAUCAGCUGGAAGCAGGAGUGAGGGGAUGGCUUGGUUAGAGGCCUGUGGUCCAGUCAUGGGCCCUCACACGUGCUUCCUGCCAAGUUAUGUCCUGACCACUCCUUCAGUUGCAUAACUUAAAAGGAAGGAAAAUGAAAACGGAGUGGGCUAAAACAUUAUACAAAGUAACGUGUUAUCAUUUCCA